AUGGAAACGGAAACCGUACACAAAAGACCCAAUGGUGUCUACAAAUGGGAGCCCCUCAACCUUCGGAAGAACGAGUUCCGAAUCCUUCAGCUGCAUGGGGUUGUUCAGGAGGAAGAAGGAGAGUUACUGAGCAUUUCCCUACAAAACGUACCCAUGAGUGGACAUCCUCCAUAUAACGCGCUAUCCUACACUUGGGGAGACUUGUCACAUCAAAAGAAGAUCCUGCUUGGCGGAUUCCCACAUUGGAUCACCCGAAACCUCCAUGAAGCGCUAUGUGUGCUUCUGAAUCGCGGAGUUCACAGCCUUUGGGUCGAUGCCCUGUGUAUCGACCAGAAUGACCCAGAUGAGAAAUCGGCUCAAGUGGGACGCAUGGCCACCAUUUUCCAGGAAGCCGAGACAGUGGACGUCUGGCUCGGAUCUGCAACCCCGGAAUCCGAUAACCUGCUAGAUUUCAUGAGGAAUGUAGACCACUCGAUGCUGGAGCAGCAGUUCUGGGCGCAAUCUUUCUUGGCUCCUGGAAACGGGAGGCCUUCAAGUGGGAAAACCACUUAUAUUUUCGAUCAAGUCUUCACAAAUAUUUUGGAGCGCCCUUACUGGAAGAGACUCUGGGUUGCGCAAGAAAUCGCCAUGGCAUCCAAUAUCAGAGUGAGCUGCGGUCCCGAAUAUCUAGACGGCUCCGUCUUCGAAUUGCUCUUCUCGCAAAAUGUGUGGGCGAAGGUUGAGCCUACAGCCUUUACUGAAUGGAGGGGGUAUUGCUAUAACUUAUUCGAGCAUAUGGUUAAUCUCUGGGACAUUCGAGCAAAACGCCGAAGCCGCCAGCCAAUCGAUCUACUGAGCCUGAUGUUCCAACUACGGAAAAGUCAGACAACUGAGUUGGUCGACAGAGUUUAUGCGAUAAGUGGCUUAGCUUUCGACCACAGAACGUUUAUUGCCGAACCCGACUACAAUCUACACCCGGAAAAGCUCUGUGCGCUCAUGACACAGCGGUUCAUCAGAACGACUGGUUCUUUGGACAUACUCUUGUUAAACUGUGUUAUUGGAUCAAAACCAUGGAUUUGCCGUCUGCUCGAGUUCGACCGCUUGUGGGAUAAUGAAUGUGAUAAAUUACGUUUUAUAUUCCACUAUCUCAAUGAGAAACAACACAUACCUCGGUGCGGGAUUCUAGGAAGCCUUUGGCAGACCACGAAAUGUGUUCCCACAGACGGGUCCACGGUCAUACUGGAAGAAGCGUCUAUUAAAGUGCUAGGUUUGCGCCUUGGAAGUUGCAGCUCAGCAGCCAGUAUAGCUGACCCAGAUGCUGAGCAUGGUGAUGACCCACCUUCUGAUGUUUCUCGCGAUAUUGAAUUGUUUGACUCAUUAGGGCGAAUAUUGUUGAUCCAUAGCUCUUUUUACAGCAAUGGCGACUUGUUGCAACAAGUCACCAAUGCAUUGUUUAAGAGCAUGUCAAUUGAAGCCAAUGCGGACAGGAUUUCCUUCGAUGUCAACGUUAAGGUUCAAGAGAACCGCACGGUUCGAAUAUCCAAAGUGCCGAGCGUGCAUACGUCACUGCAACAACUGCUAGUGCGCGUCAUUGCAGUCGCGGAAUCCAAAGCUGGAGGCCCGCUUCUCGACUUGCCCGUGGCUACUAUACACGACGCAAUUGAAUCGGUGCGGACCGUACUUGCCGAUUUCAAUGAAGCUGUGGCGAUCAAUUCAAAGCAUGUCGGCUUCAAAUCCAGGGGAUGGUACUACACGCUCAACAGUUCCGACGAGGCCUGGCUGUUGUCGGGCUUGUCAUGGCCUGUCUUUUUGAGACGUGUCGAGAUCGGUUAUAAAAUACUGGGGUUUGGGAUUGUCGACUCGGUUCAGGUUGGCGGGAAACUGUGCCGGGUGAUGGAUGGGGAGGCGUGGCGAACGGCGACCCAGGACGAUCUUGAAUGGGUUACCUUUGUUGAAACUUGA